UGUGGCGACGGUAGUCCCAGGCGACGGGGUACGGUGGUACGGUCCUGGAGAUCCCAUUGCGCGUGGCUCGCGCGGGAGAGCCUCGAAGAGCCUUGAAAUGUGAGAAGGAGGAAGACAGCUCUUGCAGAAGUAGUGGCCAAGGCAAAAGAUGGCCAAGGAAAGAUGCCUGAAGAAGUCCUUUCAAGAUAGUCUUGAAGACAUAAAGAAGCGAAUGAAAGAGAAAAGGAAUAAAAACUUGGCAGAGAUUGGCAAACGCAGGUCUUUGAUAGCUGCACCAUGCCAAAUAAUUACCAACACUUCUACACUGCUGAAAAAUUACCAAGACAACAACAAAAUAUUAGUUUUAGCUUUGGAAAAUGAAAAAUCCAAAGUGAGAGAAGCCCAAGAUACCAUCCUACAGCUGAGAAAAGAAUGUUACUAUCUCACAUGCCAGCUAUAUGCAUUGAAAGGAAAACUUAAAUCACAACAAACAGAAGAACCUGCUCAGAAGCUGGGAUUACAGAACCAGGAAAUAUGUUCCUCUGGAAUGGACCCCAAUAGUGAUGACAACUCCAGAAAUUUAUUUGUGAAGGAUUUACCGCAAAUUCCUCUUGAAGAAACUGAACUUCCAGGACAAGGAGAAUCAUUUCAAAUAGAAGAUCAGAUACCUACUAUUCCUCAAGACACACUGGGAUUUGAUUUUGAUUCAGGUGAAGCUAAGUCCUCUGAUAAUGUCUUACCUAGAACUGUAUCUGUCCGUAGCAGUUUAAAGAAACAUUGUAACAGUGUAUGUCAGUUUGAUAGCUUGGAUGAUUUUGAAACCAGUCAUUUGGCGGGGAAGUCUUUUGAAUUCGAAAGAGUUGGAUUUUUAGACCCACUAGUAAACAUGCCUGAAAAUGUACAACACAAUGUUUGUCAAUGGAGCAAGGACCAAGCUAACUUAUCACUUUCAAAGCUGAUGCAUCCAGGAACGUUUACUAAAACAAAAGAAGACAUUUUAGAAUCUAAAUCUGAACAAACUAAGCAAAGAGAUACACGAGAAAGAAAAAGAGAAGAGAAAAGAAAAGCUAACAGGAGAAAAUCAAAACCUAUGUCAAAAUAUAAAGAGAAUAAAAGUGAAAAUAAAAGAACUGUUUCCAAAAAGAAAAUGCACAAAUCUGUCAGUUCCAAUGAUGCUUACAAUUUUAAUUUGGAAGAGGGUGUUCAUCUUACUCCUUUCCGACAAAAAAUGAGCAAUGACUCUAGUAGAGAAGAAAACAAUGAGUCUGAAGUGAGCCUCUGUGAAUCAAGUGGUUCAGGAGAUGAUUCCGAUGACCUCUAUUUGCCCACUUGCAAGUACAUUCAGAAUCCCACCAGCGAUUCAGAUACAAGACCAGUCACCAGGCCUCUAGCUAAAAGAGGACUGAAAUAUACAGAUGAAAAAGAGAUGGAGGGUUCUAAACCAACAAAAACUACUAGUACACCACCUGAAACUCCCCAGUCACCUCAUCUUAAACUGAAGGAUAUCACCAAUGUCUCCUUGUAUCCUGUUGUGAAAAUCGGAAGGCUUUCUCUUUCUCCAAAAAAGAAUAAAGAAAGCCCAGCAGUGGCUCUGCCUAAACGUAGGUGCACAGUCAGCGUGAACUAUAAGGAGCCCACUCUCGCUUCGAAACUGAGAAGAGGGGACCCUUUUACAGAUUUGUGCUUUUUGAAUUCUCCUAUUUUCAAGCAGAAAAAGGAUUUGAGACGUUCUAAAAAAAGUAUGAAACAAAUACAAUGA